AUGAUGGAUGGAUCACAUUUCCGUGGUGGCAUUAUUUCAUGGCGGCCGCUGAACAGUACACCAUCAGGUAGUAAUGCAGAUAUUCUGAUACAUCAAAGAUAUUUCUUUGAUCGAAUGGCGACCGCUUUUAGUAGUAAUCCUCCUCGUUGUACAGAGGCAGACGUUACUUCUCUAAGAACAAUUCCAGUCAGCAGCACUAUGGCCUGUAUGGCAAAUUGUUCAAGUUCCACUUAUUCUGGACUUUCAAUUGCCGUAAAUACAACAGAUUGUAAUACGAUUCCCAUUAUUUCAUCAUGGGGAGGUGAACGUUAUGAUCAAGUGUCACUACCGUUGACAACAUCAAUUACAAUAGGAUUCACAGGAUCAGCAUGGUUGACUGCUCUUUAUAUUGACACUACUGGAUCUUGGUCAGUGGUUAAUCGACUAAACUUAGGUUUAAGACCUGAUGGUUUUAUCAAUACAAGUCCUGUGACAACAACAUUACCAGUCAUAUUGUACCCCAUAAGUCAACGAAUUACUCAUGUUAUACAAAUGGCAGACAAUGAUAACAGUGAUAUAUUACAGUGUCGUUGGUCAAAUUCAAACAGUGGAACAAAUUAUAAUCGAGUAGAUGAAUGUGCAGGUGUUUGUAGUGGCUUACCGCCUGGAACUAUCUUAACUGGGUCUAAUUGUACAUUAUCUUUCACUUUACCCACUGCUAACAUAUAUUAUGCAUGUUCUAUUCAAAUUGAAGAUUAUUAUAAUACUGCGGCUACAAGUCCAAUGAGUUCCAUUCCAAUAGUUUUUCUGUUUUAUGGGUACAUCGCUUCUGGCAGUGCAUGUUCACAACGACCUACUAUUAUUGGCGAUCGCCCGAAUAGAGCUUGUAUUGGAGUUCCAGUUGGCGUUCAAUUCAAUGAAACGAUAAUUGUACAAACAUAUUGUCCUGGUCAAAACAUUGUUGAUUUUGUUACUAGUUCACCACUUGGAGUGAUGCAUAGUCCUAUCAGUAAUUCAAGCACUAACAUUUGGACAAUGACAUUAACAUGGACACCCAAUCAAAACCAAGUUGGCCCUCAAGGUUUUUGUGCUGGUGCGAUCGAUAAUUCUAAUUUACAAUCGGAUCCAUGGUGUAUAACAUAUUUAGUUGGUUAUACAUCACCUAAUCUUAUCCAGCCAACGUAUGUACAAGGAUCAGCUAGUCCAGUUGGUACCGUUUUUCAAAAUCAGUCCAUGUUUUCAAUUCAAGCAAAUAGUUUAGUGGGUCGUCCGUCUCGUAAUGGUACAAACAUUUGUUUUCACUUAGAUACUACAAAUGCAUCAGUUGUGUGUUAUGAUGCCGGAUAUGCACCAAAUGUUAUUUAUACUGGAUAUGUAAUCGUUGUUGUAGUAAAUUAUACAUGGACACCUGGUGCAUUCUACUAUGUAACAAUGGAUAGUGGAUUUGCUAGUGGAAGUGUUUUUUGUCAUGCUGAGUCAGCACCAAUUUAUGAUAAAACAUUCUGGCGAUUUAAUAUUUGGGAUCCAGCAGUGUCAAGUACAACUACGACAACAACGACACCAUUUACAACUGCAACAGUAACAACAAAACCAACAUCAACCACUAGCAUCAAUACUUUAUUAACAACAACUGGUAUUGUUAUAACAACAACUACAGUUGUUACAACCACAGUAACUACUUCAACAACUACAAGCGCUACAACAACAACUGCCACAACUGCAACAACGACAACAACUGAAUCAAUACUACGAGCGACAUAUCCAAAAGAUUUUGAAGAAUUAUGCCGUGAACCGAUUGCGUUAAUGACAAGUAUUAUGUUUAUUGUAUUGAUGCCUGCACAUGGUGUGGCCAUGUAUGCAUUAUUCGUUAAACUGAACAAUAGCUUUAAUCCAUCGAAAAUUCAAGCAAAAACGCGACAUAAACAACGAAUGAAGCGAAUUCUUUAA